ACCUUGUUACGUAUUUUUAAUUUAGGGCGGGAAAUGAGAUCAUAAUCAAAAUCAGAGCUAAAACUGUUAUGAACUGAAAAAUUAGGGUUACGAUCCUUCCUUGUGCACGUCCAAGCAAUGGAGGUAGAGAGUGAAAGAGGGUUGAGCGACAAACCAAAGAACGGAAUCCUAGGAAGCAUUGAUCUUCGCUCUUCCGAGUCAGUGGUGGAUCUGACUGGUCAGGUUCAUCAGCUUCCCUGCUGCAUCAAACAUGACGGCCCCUGCCCUGUUUCUCAGUACUUCAAACCCCAUAAAACAGGUGUUGAGGUCGAAGGUUUAGCUGUGGAGGAAGCCUGUUUCAGAGGAAGGAAGUUGCAGGGUGCUACGAUUCCCCUCCCAGAAGGCUACUGUGGCUAUGUUUUAGGAAAGAAGAAGAAUCCAGAGAAGAGCAAUACUUCCGAAGCCCAUGAAGGGAACUGUUGGAAGGUGGCUGCAAAGUUUCAAAACAUCAAAUAUUGGAAUCAUGACAGUCUUCCUUCAGGCAAUGAUGCUUUUAUGCGUUGCUUUCACUGGUUUGCGGUUGCAAAUGCAUUGCACAAACCUGUGACAUGUGAUGAUUUGGCUUCUCAAUCUACUACUUCAGAGAGGAUGUGAUGGGUUAAGGUAAAGCUAGUGGUAGCAGCAUGUGCCAUAUGUAAUUUUAUCUAGAAAGGACAAGGUAUUAUUGGCUUUCUAAUGUAUGAACAAGAAACUGGAUCAUAGAUAGAAGCAGCUUGGGAGUUUGAGGCAGGAGUAACGACAAUGAUUGAAACUCAAGUUUCAGAUACUGUUUUUGAAGAGGGAUAACCAGAGGACUUCCUAGUUGCGGGACUAGGACAUGAUUGCAACUAAGAUGUGGGAUGAUCAUUUGUGUGGUUUAUUGAGCAUUUAGUUUUCUUGGAUUUUACACUUUGUUUACUGGCAAGUUGGAUACUUGGAUCUAUAUUUGAGCUGCUCAAAAAACUGUAAGAACAAGUGAUCACGCUAUACACUGUAUCUGGGAAGACAAAGGCUAAUUUUCUUAUGUUAAAACUAAGGUUGAGCGAAAAAAAAAACUAGGGAAUGCAUGCACAAUGUAAUUAUGCAAAUGUCUGAUAAAGUCAUUUAAAUGUGCUGACAAAUCUCUAUUUCUAUCUA